AUGACACGUAGAAAAAGCUCGCCAGCACUUCCAAUCCUACAUGACAACACACAUCAAGACAUCAAACAGGCCAUCAUGCAACAUUCUGCUUACUGUGUGGCAGCUACUACAGAUGAUAUCGAUCAAGUAAAGGGCCUGCUGAACGAAGAAAUUGUCGAGAAUGACGAUGAAGACUAUGAUCAAUUUGAUGGUUCAGAGACCCGUUGUGGUUGUGGUGUGGCGCUGACCAAGGGAUGGGCCUGUGAUGCUUGUAGAAUCAGUUGCCCUGGCUGCAAUCGUAGUCUGACGAGCGACCCUCAAGAUUAUUGCACUCGCUGCAGUUCACAUUGUCAAGAACAUGGACUCUACAAGAACGACGACUUUGGAUCAUGCCCUCAAUGUGUAUCAUAG